AUGCGCUGUGGCGUUGGUGAGCUUGAUGGGAUUCCUUGGCCGUUGUUACAAUGUGGAGCAGAGCUCCUAGUGCGGAGCAAUCCAGGUCGGCCAGAAGUAGAACAAGCAAGGUGGGAUGUGAGGUUGUGCCUUACUAUCUUUAAGACAUUCUUCGUGCAAGUAAAAAAAAAAAUCUUAACCGGUCAUCAGCAGAGUGUGGUGGUUGGAAUUGUGUGCCCAGAUACUGUCGACCUGGUUGGCCGCGUUGACCUGGGUCUGCUCCCUCCCGGUGUCGAGGUGCGGCCGGGCAUUUGCGAGCAGCGGCCGGCUUGGCUGGACGCGGACGGCACACCCAUGUUCCUCGGGCCGGACACCGCUUACGGCAUCUCGCGCGGCGCCAACCUCUCGGUGUCCACGCUCGAAGCAUUUCCAUUCGGCUUUCCGCGAGACUUCUCGGUGCUGGCCACGUUCCGCAUGGAACAGAACACGCGAGGCUACCUGCUCUCCGUGUACGACUGGAAUGACGAGGAGCAGCUGUCGCUGCACGUGGGCGAGAACCUGACGUUCGCGCUGCGUUCCGCCAACGGCAACGGCAGCACCAUCUACGCGGCGGACUUCACCGAGCUUUUCAACGACGGAAAGUGGCACCGUAUGGCGCUGAGCGUGAAAGGGGAUGCGGUCACGCUGGUCAAAGACUGCGUGGUGCGCGAGACUGAGGAGAUGGCCCGCUCCGACGACGUGCUCGUCGACACCUCUGGUGUCACUCUGGUCGGACAGGCGUUGGACAUCAAUAUCGACCCCUUCCAGGGAGACCUGCAACAACUGCUGGUGGUGCCUGCGCCGGACUCGGCCUACGAGUUGUGCAGUAGCUACGUUCCAGGAUGCGCCAUCCCGCUGCCGCCGCUAGACGCCGACUACGGAGACCCGCUUUACAACAGGACCGAUCCUGCUGAGAAGGAGCCGCAGCCGGGUCGAGCCUACUACAACGAAACAACUCCGUAUUAUCCGGAGGGAGGGGUAACACCGAUCCCACCCUACUACCCAACGAUCAGCUAUCCCAUUGAGGGACCACCGGGCCCUCAGGGUUUUCCUGGUCCUGCUGGAUUUCCUGGACUUAAAGGCGACAAGGGAGACCCGGGAAGGGACGGACUUGCCGGCACGGCUGGGCAGCCUGGAGCCCCUGGACACAUCUUCAUGAUACCCUACCAAACAGCGGGAGACACCAAAGGUCCCGACAACACGGAAUCGCUGCGACAGAUGCUCAGCCAGCACAUGCUCGCGAUGCGGGGCGCCCCUGGACCAAUGGGCUUGACUGGUCUGCAUGGGCCAGUGGGUCCCAUGGGACCACAGGGCGAGAAAGGAGAGCGUGGGGAGCAAGGGGCUGUGGGACCACGAGGAAUGCGGGGCCAGCAAGGAACAUCUGGGAAGCCGGGAAGACGGGGACGAAGCGGCAAGGACGGGGAACGUGGCAAGCCAGGGCCUCCAGGGUCAAAGGGCGAUAUCGGCCUGCCGGGUCUUCCAGGCCUGCCGGGAGAGAAAGGUGAAAGGGGUUACGUCGGAGCUCCAGGUGACCAGGGGCUGGUCGGACACGAAGGGCCUCCGAGGAAAGCAAUUAACUGUUUUACUUCUCUAUCCCCUGGCAACGAAAUAGCAAUCUGCUUCGCUAACUAUGAGGGUAUAACGCGCCCAUUACCGAUGAAGGAACGCCAUAUAUGUAUAUGUUUGAAACAGUGGUUAACACUUGCCUUUCUCAUUGGCUACAAAACACAGGGUGACGAUGGAGCUACAGGGCUACCCGGACUUCCAGGAGAGAUGGGUCCACGAGGAUUUCCAGGCCCCCGGGGAUUCGUAGGGCUUCAAGGACCACCUGGCAUACCGGGAUCCGAAGGGCCUGUCGGACCGAAGGGUAGCACGGGUCCUCCGGGUGGACCUGGCCAGCCAGGCCAGCAAGGAAUGCAGGGCGCUGUGGGAUCGCCAGGCCCUCAGGGAUCUCCAGGACCACUGGGACCACCGGGGCCUAGAGGAAAGCCAGGCCUUCCAGGUCUCCCAGGAGCGGAUGGAAUGCCCGGACCACCAGGAAAUGCUGGUUCGCACGGCGGAAAAGGAGACAUGGGGCAUGCUGGACAGCAGGGGCCCACGGGAUUCCCAGGUCCUCGGGGCGUCAAGGGUGACGAUGGUCCACGAGGGCCGCUAGGUGACAAAGGCGAUAAGGGCGCACCGGGUGUGGACGGUCAAAAAGGUGACCACGGACUUCCUGGUGACGGGGGUCCUCCGGGUACCGAAGGCGUCCAAGGAAUAGAAGGUCCGGAAGGCCCCAAGGCAAGUAUGCGUCGCACCUACGGUAUAUGCACCCACGCGUAUAGUCGGAAAGGCAGCAGCAGCACUCAUAAGCAGCAGCCCAUGGGAUUUGAAGGACCUCGAGGAGAGAAAGGACCGCCAGGAGCACCAGGUGAAAAGGGUAAAAUGGGCAUUCCAGGAUUCCCCGGAUAUCCGGGAACGACAGGACCGAAGGGCGAAAAGGGAUUUCAUGGAAAGACCGGAGAGAAAGGUGACAAAGGCGACCGGGGACCAACCGGCCCACACGGAGAGCGAGGCCAAAUUGGACCGCGGGGGAACAGGGGCCAGAGAGGAAGAGUCGGAAAAAGAGGGGCGCCCGGAGAAAAGGGCAGCACCGGAGAGCCGGGACCUCCCGGCAUUCCCGGCGAGAGAGGGCCCCAGGGCCCUGAAGGCGCCAGAGGAUUCGUGGGAGUGCCAGGAUCGCCCGGUGCGUCAGGAAAGGAUGGGCCUCCGGGACCUCCAGGGGAGCGAGGGCCACCCGGUGAAACCGGCACCGCGGGACCUCCAGGGCCACCUGGCGUCAUCGGACCGGCGGGCCCUCCUGGUGAAACCGGAGCAUCCGGCGACAUCGGACCUCCUGGUCGUCCGGGCGUUCCUGGUGAGACAGGCUUGCCCGGACCUGCGGGAAAAGAAGGUCCAACGGGUCCUGUUGGCCUUCCGGGAAACAAAGGCCCCCCUGGGCCUCCAGGUCCUCCUGGUUUUCCAGGAGAGAGGGGAAACAUGGGCCCACCGGGUUUCCCUGGUCCUAAAGGGGAAAUUGGGCUUCCAGGAGGGCUCGGGCCACCUGGCGAGAAAGGAGACAUCGGCCUACCUGGUGACCCCGGACCUGCAGGUGAAAAGGGACGCAGCGGUCCUGUCGGUCCACUAGGGCCAGCGGGCCCAAAGGGAGACAAGGGUGACCUGGGAGGUCCUGGUCCCCUCGGCAGAGACGGACUUCCGGGAGCCAGGGGACUCCCAGGACCGCCAGGACCCGUUGGACCACCAGGAGAGGACGGAGACAAGGGAGACUCCGGCCUCCCUGGUCAGAAGGGGCUGAAAGGUGCGAAGGGUGAUACGGGACCUCCCGGUGUGGCUGGGCCUCAAGGAUUGAGGGGAGAGCCUGGCGUACCAGGCGCAGAAGGCGAGCCAGGUCCUCCGGGUCCCGCCGGACCUCGAGGAAGCAAAGGAGAGGAUGGUCCCAUCGGAGCCAUUGGCACUGCCGGGGCCCCCGGAUCACAGGGCCUUCCUGGUCCCCGCGGUGGGAAAGGUGACAAGGGAGACGUAGGCAAAAAGGGGCCUCCUGGACUGGCGGGAAUGCCGGGCGAGCAAGGCCCUGCAGGAGCCAAGGGCGGCGAAGGCAUCCCUGGUUCCCCGGGACCCGAAGGUCCUCAGGGCCAGAAGGGUGACGACGGACCGCCCGGUCUUCCGGGGUCUCCGGGCAAAGACGGCGAACCGGGACCAAGAGGUCCUCCGGGCCCUAAAGGUGAAGAAGGGAAGCCUGGCCUUCAGGGCGUGCCUGGUGUCAAGGGACCUCCAGGGCUCGAAGGGCCGAAAGGCUCACCCGGUCCUCCGGGCUUUCCGGGGCCCCCGGGUGAAGCUGGGCUGCCGGGGGUAAAGGGCGAGAGAGGCAUUGACGGAGUCGACGGCCAGCCAGGCGAGCCUGGCCCAAUGGGAUCAAAAGGCGAAAUGGGCAAGAUGGGAACACCUGGAGCCCCUGGAAAGCAGGGCCCGAUGGGUCCAGCGGGCCUCCAAGGGGACGUCGGUCUUCCGGGAGACAAAGGUGACAAGGGUCAGAUGGGGCCACAGGGACUCCAGGGCCCGACGGGACCACCGGGUCCACCCGGACCAGCGGGAGCACCCGGCCUGCGAGGGUCACCGGGCCCCGCAGGUGACGUUGGAGCGCCUGGCUUAGUGGGGCCACCUGGCCAGCCCGGGAGUGUGGGCGCACCGGGCGACAAGGGCAUGAAGGGUGACAGAGGAAAGCGGGGCCUCAAGGGUCACAGUGGCCUGCUAGGAAGGACAGGUGUCAAGGGCGACACUGGUGAAAAGGGAGAGAAAGGUCAACGCGGUGACACCGGACCUCCAGGACCUCAAGGACCCCAGGGACCCAUGGGAAUGGAAGGAGCUAAAGGCUCGGACGGGCCUCAGGGGGAGCCGGGACCCGAAGGAAUUCCGGGGCCUAAAGGUGUUCAGGGACCAGCAGGAAUGAAGGGUGAAACAGGACCACCAGGACCUAUUGGACCUCCUGGCCCGCCGGGCGAGGGACCCCAGAUUCCUCCAGAGAUGCUGUUCCAGAGGGACCGCCACAACAGGUUCAAGCGCAGCCUUGAAAAACUCGACAACAGCAGCGUCGAAGACGAUCACGCUGUCCCCUCUGGUGACAGUGACGACGACGAUGAGCACAACUCGACGAUGACAGCAGAACCGCUGAGUGAAGCAUCGUUCGAGAGGAUCAACCGGACGCUGACGCACAUCUUCGCCAACGUGUAUAUCAUGCGGCGGGAGAUUGAACACAUCCGGAGGCCCGUGGGCUCGCAGCCCAACCCGUCCCGGUCGUGCCGUGACCUGAAGCUUGCGCACCCGGACACCCCCGACGGAUGGUACUGGGUGGACCCCAACCUUGGCGUGCCGGACGACGCAGUGCGCGCCUACUGCGGCAUGCGCGCCGGCGGCGAGACCUGCGUGUUCGCCGACGGAGGCGAGGACUCGGUGCGCAUUUCCAGGUGGGAGAAGCCUUCAUCUUACGCCGCUGACAACGGCUCAUCGUCAUGGUUCAGCGAACUCAAGGGUGGCUUCAGGGUGGGCUAUCGCACCGUUGGCGACGUACAGCUGCGCUUCCUCGGUCUUCUGAGCACCGGAGCCUACCAGAACUUUACCUUCGUUUGUAACAACGUGAACGCCUGGUACAGCCAACGGACCAAGGACCACGCUCACGCGCUGCGCUUCCGGGGCCGCAACGCUGCUGUCAUCAGUGUCGAGAAAAACAGCCCAACUGUACCCGUAGAUGACUGCCAGUACCGGGAUGGCAAGACGGUGUUCGUGUUCAAGACCAAGGAGCCAGCCACACUGCCCAUUGUAGACUUCCAGCCAUCCGACUUCGGCGGCGAACACCAGUCCUUUGGAUUCGAGAUCGGGCCAGUUUGCUUUCAAUAAAGUGAAAUUUUUUU